AUGUUAUCUUCUCAAUGCCGCAUUACUGAAGUUCAAGCACAUGAGAUUGAUUUAGCUGAUGAUGUUGGGCUCAAUCAGAAAUCAUCUUUUGAUUUGAUGACUAGACAAGCUGGAGGAAGAGAUGGGAUUGGUUACACUAUCUUAGACGCUAAGAAUUAUCUUCGAUCUAAGAGACAAAGAAGCAUGGUGUAUGGAGAAGUUGGUUGUUUGAUGAGAUACUUUCAAGAUCAGUUAUCUAAAAAUCCAUCAUUUUACCAUGCGAACCAAAUGGAUAUGGAAGAGCAAAUAACUAAUGUUUUUUGGGCAGAUGCAAGAAUGUUGAUUGAUUAUGAGUACUUUGGUGAUGUUGUGUCAUUGGAUACGACAUACUGUACAAAUCGUGAUAAUAGACCACUUGCCGUGUUCUCGGGUUUCAAUCAUCAUAGAAAAGCUGUCAUUUUUGGCGCAACACUUUUGUACGAUGAAACAACAGCAUCAUUCAAAUGGUUGUUUGAAACAUUUUUAGAUGGACACAAACACAAAAGGCCUCUCACCGUCUUCACUGACCAGGAUCAAGCUAUGGGAAAAGCCUUGCAUGAGGUAAUGCCAGAGACAUUUCAUGGAUUAAGCACAUGGCAUUUAAUGCAAAAUGGAAUCAAACAUCUGGGAAACCUUAUGAAGGAAGGAUCGUGUUUCUUGACAGAUUUUAAGAGGUGUAUGUAUGGCUUUGAGGAUGAAACCGAUUUUGAGGAGGCUUGGAGCAACUUAUUGACACAUUUUAGUCUUCAAGACAAUACAUGGUUGAAGCAUAUGUAUAGUGUGAAGGAAAAAUGGGCCCGAUGCUACAUAAAAGCCUUCACACUUGGUAUGAGAAGCACACAACUUAGUGAGAGCAUCAAUUCUAGUAUCAAGAAUUGUACAAUGCCCAACUUAAACAUUGCUCAAUUUUUUAAGAAUUUUGAGCGGGUUGUGGAGGAUAAACGGUACAAUGAACUGAAGUGUGAUUUUGAGGCUCGCCAAAAGUUACCCAGAUUGAGGUUAGAGAGCUCUCCUAUGUUAAGAAAACUUUCUAAGAUCUAUACUCCAUCAGUUUUUGAUCUAUUCCAGAAUGAGUUUAUCAUGUUUGCAGCUGCAUACAUCAAGCAUAAAGAUGAAUCGGGAUCAUCAUUUGAGUAUGUUAUUGGACUAAUCGAUCAUGAUAGGGAAUGGAGGGUGACAUAUUAUCCCAAUACAAAGAUGAUUCAUUGUAGUUGUCGAAGGUUUGAGAUGGUUGGAUUAAUAUGUUGUCACUCUGUGAAAGUGUUUGAUGUGUUAGACGUGAAGUUGCUUCCUGAGAAUUAUAUUCUUAAAAGGUGGACAAGAGAAGCUAGAAUUGGUGUAGUCCAUGACCUUAUUGGUAAUGAAGUUGAAGAAGAUUCUAAAUUACAAAGUAUUGAGCGGUAUCGGAGACUAUGUCAAGUUCUUAUAAGGUUGGCUAAUGAAGCUUCUGUCCAUCAAUCCACUUUUACCUUGGUGAAUGAAACAAUGUCGGAUCUAUAUAAAAAGGUAAUGGAAAUGCGUUUAGCAGAAAAAGAUCAAGAAUACAGUGACAAUGUGAAUACCUCUUCAACGGUCUCUUCUCUAAUGACAUCAAAAGGAUUCAAGAAAAAAAUUGGUGCAAAAGGUUCGAAACGAUUGAAGAGUUGGGUAGAACUUCAGUCAAAACUAAGAAAAACAAACCAUAAAGUAAAGGUUGUUGGAGCACGAGGUACAUUGCCUGUUUCUUGUUCGGUAGUUCCAGCACCUCGUGCGUGCCCCGAAAAUCCGGCAAUUCCAGCACCUCGUCCGUGGCCCGAAAGGACUUCAGAUCAUUUGAGUUUCACUGAAUUGUUACUGGCACCAAUAGAUCAAACAUUAUAUGGUGCCAAUGGAACAUAUUUUGAUGGAUCAACAUGCUCAACUCUGAUAUGCACUAUACAGAGAGCUCUAAAGGUACAUCUAGUGCUAAUUAUCAAUAUCGAGAUGGAGAUUGAGACCGAGAUCAUUGAGAUGUCUUGA